AUGACUGUCUCUUAUUCAGUCUUUUCCUCCUUCCUUCUCUCCUUAUACUCUUUGUCAGCUUGUUGGUUUGUUUAUUAUCGAUUAAAGUUUGUUCAUCAUCUAUCACAGUCCCCUUAUUAUCUAUCAGUCUAUCUAUCACAGUCCCCUUAUUAUCUAUCAGUCUAUCUAUCACAGUCCCCUUAUUAUCUCUCUCUCACAGUCCCCUUAUUAUCUCUCUCUCACAGUCCCCUUAUUAUCUAUCUAUCACAAUCUAUCAAUCACAGUCCCCUUAUUACCUAUCUAUCAAUCACAGUUCCCUUAUUAUCUAUCACAGUCCCCUUAAUAUCUAUUUAUCUCAUCAUUCUCUCUAUCAAAGUCCAUUAUAGUCAGUGUACCAAUUCCUUAAGUGAUGCGUCCUUUCAGGAUACAUCAAAUGACCCAAUUCAAGCAGAACUGGAUGCUCUUGCUGCAGAGAUCACCAAAGGUCUCGGCUUCAACACAAGUGAUGAUUUCUUUGGAAUGCAUUCAGAGCUUACCUCUCUGCUCCCAGAUAGUGGACUGGAUGUCACAGAAACAGAUUCUGCCUAUUCAGACAAUGCUUCAUUACCCUCGUCAGAAUCCUUCACUUCCAUGGCAACAGUUUCUUCCUCUGCUGACACUUCGAGUACAGGUGAUGCAUGUAGCACAGGGAGCACCAGUACCUUGACCCCAGCCUCCACUGCCCAAACUGACGAGGAACAGAAAGCAAGGCUCCAGGCUGAGAAAAUACGCAUCGCACUUGAGAAAAUCAAAGAGGCUAAAAUCAAAAAGUCUGUUCAUUUCUCUCUCUGUCCCAGUUUAUACACCAAUAUAAAUCAGUUCAUAUCUCUCUCUCUCUCUGUACGUAUAUGUCUCUGGGCAAGUCAUAUAUCUGUUUCUCAGGCAGUUCACAUCACACCCUUUGUUGAUUUGUAUCUCUUUGUUUCUAUCUCAGUCAUUUCAUAUUCUGUUCCCAGAUCUCUCUUUCUCUCAGUCUAUUCCCAAAUCUCUCUUUCUCUCAGUCUGUUCCCAGAUCUCUCUUUUUCUCAGUCUGUUCCCAACUCUUUCUUUCUCUCUGUCUCUUCCCAGCUUUCUCUCUCUCUCUCUCUGUUCACAUCUCUCUCUUUCUCCCUGUUCGCAUCUCUCUCUUUCUGUCUGUUCCCAUCUCUCUCUCUCUCUCUAUUUCUUUUCACAUCACUCUCUCUAUUUCUGUUCACAUCACUCUCUUUCUAUCUCUCUCUAUUCACAGAUCUUUCUCUCUCUGUUCCCUUCUCUUUUUCUUUCAAUAUUAAUGUGCCCUACAAAUUUCAACUGAUUAUCUAUCUAUCUAUCUAUCUAUCUAUCUAUCUAUCUAUCUAUCUAUCUAUCUAUCUAUCUAUUACAGUCUGUCCAUUAUCUAUCUAUCUAUCUAUCUAUCUAUCUAUCUAUCUAUCUAUCUAUCUAUCACAGUCAGUCCAUUAUCUAUCUAUCUAUCUAUCUAUUACAGUCUGUCCAUUAUCUAUCUAUCUAUCUAUCUAUCUAUCACAGUCUGUCCAUUAUCUAUCUAUCUAUCUAUCUAUUACAGUCUGUCCAUUAUCUAUCUAUCUAUCUAUCUAUUACAGUCUGUCCAUUAUCUAUCUAUCUAUCUAUCUAUUACAGUCUGUCCAUUAUCUAUCUAUUACAGUCUGUCCAUUAUCUAUCUAUCUAUCUAUCUAUCUAUCUAUCUAUCUAUCUAUUACAGUCUGUCCAUUAUCUAUCUAUCUAUCUAUCACAGUCUGUCCAUUAUCUAUCUAUCUAUCUAUCUAUCACAGUCUAUCCAUUAUCUAUCUAUCUAUCUAUCUAUCACAGUCUGUCCAUUAUCUAUCUAUCUAUCUAUUACAGUCUGUCCAUUAUCUAUCUAUCUAUCUAUCUAUCUAUCUAUCUAUCUAUCUAUCUAUCUAUUACAGUCUGUCCAUUAUCUAUCUAUCUAUCUAUCUAUCUAUCUAUCUAUCUAUCUAUUACAGUCUGUCCAUUAUCUAUCUAUCUAUCUAUCUAUCUUCUUUUUCUUUAAUUCUAUCUCUCUAUUUCACUACUUUCCUAAUUGUCACAAUUUUUCAUAUCUUUCUAUCGCUCGCGCUCUCUCUCUCUCUCUUUCUCUCUGCUUAUCUAUCUACCUAUCCUCAGCAUUUUUUCUAUCUAUCUAUCUAUCUAUCUAUCUAUCUAUCUAUCUAUCUAUCUAUCUAUCAUUUACACAAGCUGGUUACAUAG